ACACGAAGCAAUAUUAUUUUAAUGUUUAUUUAAUUGUAAUAUCAUGACAAUUUAAUGGCAUUUAAAUUCAGUUUCCCUUAUUUCAGUUCAAUGAUAUGGACGUAUUUAUAUUGUUAUAAUGAAUUUAAUAUUGUUUAAAGAUAUUUUGGCGAGCUCCGCAUCAAUAUGUACUAUUAUUUAAUUUUUAGCAGGAAAGUUAGUUUGCAAAAAAUUUAUCAAAAACAAAUCAACCGGAGAUACAUCUGGAUUAGCAUUUGUUACUUGUUUUAUGUCAUGCAGUUUAUGGUUCUUAUAUGGAAUGUUGAUUCAUGAUAAAUUUGUAAUGAUCGUUAAUUUUUUUGGAACGUCAUUACAAUUUUUUUAUACCUUGAUAUAUUACAUUUAUACUAUCAAAAAGAAAAUUAUAGUAAAACAGAUAUUAUUUGCAUUAGGAUUUACUAGUAUUAUGUACUUAUAUUGGUAUAUUGCAACAGAUGUUACAAUUGUUAUAAGACAAAUUGGUUUUAUUAGUUGUGCAUUAACAAUUUUAUUCUUUGCUUCUCCAUUAACAAUGCUUGCUCAUGUUAUCAAAGUAAAAAGUGCCGAAAGUUUACCAUUUCCUGUGAUUGUAGCUUCUUUUAUAACAUCAUGCCAAUGGCUCUUAUAUGGAUACAUCAUCAAUGAUUUAUUCAUUCAAACACCAAAUUUUCUUGGAUGCAUUCUAAGCGGAUUUCAACUUACGUUAUUCAUCAUGUAUCCGAAAAAAAAAUCAAAUGAAUUAUUAACAAAUAAGAAAACAGCUCUAUUGUUAUAAUAUUUUUUUAAAAAUUUAUAUAUUAAACAAAAAUAUUUUUUACUUAAAAGAGUGUUUGCAAUGUUUAUAAACGUAAAAUCUUGCAAAUUUGUGAUGCCUAGUAUUUAAGAAAAAAUGAAUAUUUUUGACAUACUGAAGAUGUAGAUUACCAAAACAAUGAAUGAAAUAAAGAAUUAUAUAUGUUUAUAC